CACAACCAAGUUCUCUGAUAAACUACCACGGACUGUUUAUGAGGAAUAUUGGAAAGAUUUUAAGGAAACCAUCUAGGAGAUUGACAAUAUAGAUGAAUUUGAAGAAAAAUGGCAUGCAAUUGUUACAAAAUCUGGUUUGACUAACCAUCCAUGGCUGAGUUCAGUUUUUGAUUUGCGAAAAUCAUGGGUUCCAGCCUAUGUAAAACAUAUUUUUGCUGCUGAAAUGUCAAGCAGUCAAAGAGCAGAAGGCUCUCAUGCAUUUUUCAAGCAAUAUAUAUCAAGGAGAAAUUCAUUAAUGGAUUUCAUAACACGAUUUCAAAGGGCACUUUCCCAUCAACGUCAAAAUGAGUUACUUGCUGAUCACAUUGAUGCAUUUGAAAAGCCUCAAUGUGCUUUAAUGGAUAAACAAAUGGCUGAAAUAUACACAAAGGCAAUGUUUCAAAGGUUUGAACAUGAGCUAAUGCAAAGUUUACCGUGUUUUAUGGAAUUGAAAAUGGAUGACGCUUCCAAAGCUGUCUAUAAAGUGAGUGAAAGGAAAAGGGGGAAAACAAUAGUGAAAGAAGUUGUAUAUGAUAAAUAUUCCGAUCAAUGGUCAUGUAGUUGUAAAGGAUUUGAACUUAUUGGAAUUCUUUGUUGCCAUGCGCUGGCAUUGUUAAAAAGGGAGCAAAUUGAAUAUCUGCCCAAUAAAUACAUUUUGAAUAGAUGGAAGAAAACUGCAAAAUCUGGACUUGUAUCAGAUUCAAAUGGCAAUGAAAUUAAAGAUUGUGAGAACAAUUCUCUCCUAAUAAAACGAAGUAGAAUGUCCAGACUUGCUUCAGAUGUAAUUGAGCAUGCCUUAAUGUCCGAAGAAGGUUAUGAGCUAUUGUCGAAUAAUCUAAACGAUACGCGGGUGACGUUGAAGUUAUUGAAUGAUGGGGUUGGUCCUAGUGAAGUUGGAGGGUCCAGCUCCCAAACACAAUAUUUGAAGGACCCUAAAAGAGUAACGCACAAAGGAAGCUCGAAACGAGUAAAGGGAGCAAAGGAAACGAGAAUGGAGCGAGGGAUCCGACAUUGUCAGCAAUGUGGACAAACUAGUCAUGAUAUAAGACGAUGUCCAAGAAUGGCGAACACACCGACAUCCCCAUCAAACAAUGAAGAAUCAACUCCGAUCAAUCUUAGUGACCCGUUAUUCGAUGAAUUUGAUAGCAUGCACGGACCUACCAAGUGAUUUAUGUUUUUACUAUACGAAGCUCAUUUGCCGUCAAUAUUGUUGGACCUAGAUUUUUGGCUUAUGGAAGAUUGUUGUCGUUGAGAACCUUCAUCAAUUUGGCUUUUUUUAUGACAGUUGGACCUAUCAACUCUUAAUUUUGACAAUGCGCAUGAAAGGUUGUCACAUCCUUUUUUGAGAAAAGACAUUAUAUACAUUCGAUGUAUAUUGCGUGUAUAUUGUUCGUCUAUUGCUUGUUAUUGCAAGCUUAUUAAUUGCGUAUUGAUUGUUCAUUGUCUUUGUAUAGCCAUUUAUUGCCUUUUAUGAUAAUACGGGGACAGUACAAGGCAAUUGGGGGCAAUACUGUGGCAAUAUAAAGGCAAUUACGGGCAAUGCAGUGGCAAAAUGAAGGCAAUUGGAGGCUAUAUCGUGCCAAUAUUAGGGCAAUAUAAGGUUGUACAUUGGCAAUACAAAAACUCCAAUAGUCCACGAUUUUGGUGCACGAUUUUGUAAACAUUGCUAUCUGAAGGAUACAUGAAAUUUUGUGAUAAGGUUAUGGGAUUAUUUUGUACUA